CGCCCCCAGCAAUUCCCGCUUAGAGUAUCUGGCGGGGCUGGGAAGGGGCAGGGCUCAGUGGAGGGACCGCUCCAGCCUGGGACAGAGAAGGUCUCUCUCGGGUGUUCUGCCGCUGCUUGCCGAUUGGUGCCCGCCCAGCCUACUUUCGGUUUCAGGAAUCCUUAGACAAGAAGUAUGGCAUCAACAGUCAAUGGAGGGGACCAUAAUAGCAACCUCUGGGAAGCCCACAAAAAUAUGCUGACACAGCCACUGAAAGACAAUGAUAUAGAGGUAUAUACAAUCAUUAAGAAGGAAAAUCAUCGCCAGAAGACUGGAUUGGAACUGAUUGCUUCAGAGAAUUUUACAAGCCGAGCAGUUCUGGAAGCCUUGGGUUCUUGCUUGAAUAAUAAAUAUUCAGAAGGAUUACCAGGCCAGAGGUAUUACGGUGGCACCCAGUUUGUGGAUGAAUUGGAGAUUCUAUGUCAGAAGAGGGCUCUGCAGGUCUAUGGCCUGGACCCACAAAACUGGGGAGUCAAUGUUCAGCCAUACUCAGGAUCACCUGCGAAUUUUGCAGUAUACACAGCCCUGGUGGAACCACAUGGGAGGAUUAUGGGUCUAGAUCUGCCUGAUGGGGGUCACCUCACCCACGGGUUCAUGACAGAGAAGAAGAAAGUCUCUGCCACCUCCAUCUUUUUUGAGUCCAUGCCCUAUAAGGUAAACCCAAAUACUGGAUAUAUUGACUAUGACAAACUGGAAGAAAACGCCCGCCUCUUCCACCCCAAGCUGAUCAUUGCAGGAGUCAGCUGCUAUUCCAGGAACCUGGACUAUGCCCGCAUGCGGAAGAUUGCAGAUAAUAAUGGCGCAUAUCUUAUGGCUGACAUGGCCCACAUUAGUGGACUGGUGGCCGCUGGGGUCGUCCCUUCCCCCUUUGAACACUGCGAUGUGGUGACCACCACCACGCACAAAACCCUUCGAGGUUGCCGGGCUGGCAUGAUCUUCUAUAGGAAAGGAGUGCGCAGUGUGGAUGCUAAAACAGGCAAAGAGACGAUGUACAAUCUGGAGUCACUGGUUAAUUCAGCUGUUUUCCCAGGACUACAGGGAGGGCCUCACAACCAUGCCAUUGCGGGAGUGGCAGUAGCUCUGAAGCAAGCCUUGACACCUGAAUUUAAGGCUUAUCAGCACCAGGUGGUUGCCAACUGCAAGGCCCUGUCAGCAGCCAUGACAGAGCUGGGUUACCACAUAGUAACAGGCGGUUCUGACAACCACUUGAUCCUCGUGGACCUCCGCAACAAAGGCACAGAUGGAGGAAGAGCUGAGAAGGUGCUCGAAUCUUGUUCUAUUGCUUGUAACAAGAACACCUGCCCAGGAGACAAAAGUGCAUUAAGACCUAGUGGACUGAGACUAGGAACCCCAGCUCUGACCUCUCGAGGACUACUAGAAAAAGAUUUCUACCAAGUAGCCCAUUUUAUCCAUGAAGGAAUAGAACUGACUCUGCAUAUCCAGAAAGACCUUGGUCCCCAGGCCACCAUGAAAGAAUUCAAGGAGAAACUUUCUGGGGAUGCGAAGUAUCAGGGUGUUAUCAAGGCUAUCAGAGAAAAAGUGGAGAGCUUUGCAGCUGUUUUUCCCCUGCCUGGGAUCCCUGAUUUUUAAAAUGAGACUGGGCACUGUCAGCAGUUUCAGAGUUUCAGAGCCAGAUUGGAAAUAUUUAGCCUGAAGACUACCCAAGUGCCAAAAACCCCCUUUUAAGAAAAGGAAAGGAGAAUGUAUAAUUGGGAGGGGUUGAGGGGAGCAGAAGGUUAGUUUUUUUGGGGGGGGGGGGAGCAUCUUUUUAAUGAGCUUCUCUAACAUCCCUACAUUGAAAAAAUUACCAUUUGGCAGUCAUUGAAGUUCAUUAUUAGUUGUUUGGGGCAUACUUUACUAAUUAGUGAAUUUAUUUUGAAUCCUGCUCAUCCAAUUUUUGUAGAAUAUUGGAGUAUCCUAUAGCCAUUUCAUCCUUCAUUCAAAUGAACGGUGAUAUAAUUUAAAAGUAUUACUUAAAUAAUUUUAUGUAACCUUCUCUGCAGUGGUCAGCUGGCAGGCUCAUGACUUAUUACAGCAGUUCAGAAAACACCCCUAUUAAUGGCUUGUAAAAGUUACUCAAUCUCAGUAUCAUGUUGUUCGGUAGAAUGCCAGAAAAACUGAAUCACGUCCAUUUUAGUUGGAGAGGAAGUUAUUGUGAAGCUUCAGCUAAGUAUAAAAUUACAAGCCUAACAAGUUUUAUGUCUGUUACCACAUUAUGUAGGAGCUCAAAGUACCUUUAAAUGCUAUCUUUAAUCCUCAGUGCUUUGGGGAGGUAGGUGGCAAAUGUGACCCUUGCUUCUAGAGGGACAGAUCACACAUGAGGGAGGGAUCACUUGCUGAGUCGUGGUACUUGGCAAUGACAGCCUUCUAUUCCAGUUUGAGAUACUGGUCUACUCCCUACAAUCAGGGUACCUGAAGCUGAUGCCUUCCCAAAGAAACUGUUUUCCAAACAGCUGAGUGCAAAACAAUAAUGACCAUUUUUAAUAAGCACAAUAAAAUUAACCACAGAAUGUGACAAGAAUUAUAGCUUUAAAAAUACAACCAAAUUUGUAUUUCAAAAAUAUCUGAACUCAAAUAAAUUAAUUUUUUUACAGUA